AUGGAUUUGUACCGAGCACCAGGCGUGUUGCCAGGCCUGUGCGUGGUGUUUGUGUUCAUGUGGUCGUUUCAUAUUGCGGUGGACGCCAGAAGGACGAGCAUUAAAAAGUUGGAACGGUUGAGUCCACCAUUGGACCUUCAGAUGCAGACAGUGAACUGCACUGCAAUCAGAGUCCAGUGGAGGAUGCCCCAUAGACAUGUCAGUACCGCCUCCGGAUACAAGGUGUUCUACACAGAGAUGAGGAGAGGUCGUCCUGUCAGCCCUACCAUGACUGUAGAUGUUCCUCUGAAUCCUGAAGUGCUUGCUACUGGACAGUUUGAUGGACAAGCAAGUUUUGAUGUCAUGAUUGGGAAGCUGAAGGUAGCGACACAGUAUCGGGUGAGCGUGGGCACAUACGGCUGGGCAGGGGAGGGCCGUCCCAGCACACCCAGGGACGUCAGCACUGCGUCUCACGAGAUAUGCAUGCCUCCCUCACCUCCCACCCAGCCAUUAGUGGUUGCUGUAUCAGAUACAGAACUUGCACUGUCAUGGCAACAGUGGGAGAGUGAGGGGACUGCACCUGUGCUGUACUUCCUGGUGGCGUAUAUCAGGCCAGAGAUGGACACCGAGUGGACAUACAUUCGUGAGCCAGUGGAGUCUAACUCAAUGGUUCUGAAAGGCCUGGUCCCGGAGACGGAGUACCAGUUUGUUGUCAGAUCUGUGAAUGUACAUGGGAUCAGUCCUCCCAGCUCCAUCAACAACCCUGUCCGAACUCUCAGUGGGUUAAAUGGUUACUACCCUGUACCCGUAAACUCAACAGAGCUAGGACCCUCUGACAUGGGCAGUGGAGACUAUGACAUCUAUAACACAAAUUCUAAAGACAAGUAUGACUUUGGUGUUGAUGAUGCUGACUAUGAUAUCAUCAUAAAGGAGCUGAAGCCAUUUCCUGCUGUAAACACCAACAGCAGACGCUCUCAGCUGAGAGCCUACAUUGGAACCCCAGUGAACAGAACAGUUAUGUACAGAAUGCUUGCUUCCAGAAACACUCCUGAUCCCAAAAACAUACCUACUAUACAAAACAGCCACUUCACUUCAGUUGUUACCAUCUGGACCACACCAGCACCCAGGAUGGUGACCACUGUUACUACAAGCACAACCAUCACAGCUGUCUCUACUGCCAGCUCCUCCCCCAACACAACCAUGAUCACCACGUCUACUCCUAGGACCAGUCCCAUUCCAACUACAUCCACCACCACCACUGCUGCGACCAGUUGCAUCCCAACCAGAUCAGUCCCUCCCAUUACCCCUGCCACUCCUAGUUCCUCAGUGACCAUUUGGAAAGGGGCGGAGCCAAGAGUGUUUGAUACAUCUUGUGAUGAAACAGUCUGCCCCCAUGACAGUUUCUGCCUUGACAACUAUAGAGGUGGCUCUCGAUGCCACUGCAACCUUGGUCGCCAAGGAGACCUCUGCUCGGAAGUUGUGGCGGUCCGGUUUCCAAGGUUCUAUGGAUAUUCUCAAAUGACCUUUGAACCACUGAAGCAUUCAUAUCAGCGCUUCCACAUCACUGUGGAGUUCAAGGCGGACUCUAAGGAUGGUCUGCUGUUGUACUGUGGCGAACAUGAGCACGGUCAUGGGGAUUUCACCUCUCUGGCUCUCAUAGGGGGGAAACUGCAUUACAGGUUUAACUGUGGUACAGGGGCAGCACAUAUUGUGAGCCAGAGCUCAGUUGUGAUUGGUCAGUGGCACAUAGUCAGUUUAUUCAGAGAGGGUUUGAAUGGCUGGCUACAACUCGACAAUGAUACACCUGUUUCCGGACGUUCACAGGGUCAGUACACUAAAAUCACAUUCCGCACGCCUCUGUAUGUGGGCGGAGCUCCCACGGUAGACAGGCUUGUAAGGACAGUGGGGAUCAAUCAUGGCUUUCGAGGGUGUGUCCAGAGCUUGUUAAUCAACAGCAAAUCCACUGACCUCAGACCCUGGCCUCAUGGUAAUGCCCUCAGUGGAGCUGACAUUGGUGAGUGUAAUAACAGUGUGUGUGAUGAAGUCAACUGUGUGAAUGGGGGGGUAUGUUUCCCCACUCGAGCAGACAGCUGCAUCUGCCUCUGUCCACUGGGCUUCCGAGGGGACCACUGUGAAGAGGGCUUCGUGUUGUCCCUGCCUCAGUUUAACGCUAGUCUGUACUCAUACAUUAGCGCCCCCUGGCCCCAGUCCUGCCUCUCAUGCCUCUCCUUCAUGGAGUUUGACAUCACUUUCCAGCCCGCUAGUCCGGACGGAGCACUGCUCUACAGUGAUGAUGCAGCCAGCGCAGACUUCCUGUCAGUCCGCCUGGUGGGCGGGUACGUGGAGCUGCGCUUUGACUGUGGAUCCGGAGUGGCAGUCAUCAGGAGUGAAAAAGCCAUCAGUAUGAAUACAUGGCAUGAGCUGCAUGUGUCGCGGACAGCUAAAAAUGGAAUCCUGCAGGUGGAUAACCAGCCACCAGUAGAGGGCAAUGCAGAGGGAGCGUUUACUCAGAUCAGGUGCAGCUCUCCUCUCUACAUUGGUGGAGUUCCUGACUAUGACAUCACUAAGAGCAAUGCUGGCGUCCUCAGAGCAUUCAGUGGAGCUAUUCAGAAAAUCACGCUGAAUGACCAUGCUGUUGCCAUGACAACAGGCCAGGCCCUGGGGGUGAAUGUGGAGAACGCACUCCACCCGUGUGUGGAGAACCCGUGUGUUAAUGGGGGAACCUGCCACCCCCAGAGAGCCAGCUACGACUGUGACUGUGUCCUGGGUUAUGAUGGUAAACACUGUCAGAAAGAGUGUGGAAAUUAUUGCUUAAACACUGUGACCGAGGCUAUAGAAAUACCUCAGUUUACUGGGCGUAGUUAUCUAACCUAUGACAAUCCACAUAUACUCAGAAGGGUGUCUGGCUCCAGGACAAACCUAUUCAUGCGUUUUAAGAGCACAUCUAAAGAUGGGAUGUUGCUAUGGCGAGGAGAAAUCCCACUGAGAGUUAAUAGCGACUACCUGGCUCUGGGACUGCAGAAUGGAUCUCUUAUCUUCAGUUAUAAUCUGGGCAGUGGGUCUGCUGUGGUGGAGUUUAAUGGAACCUUCAGUGAUGGGAAGUGGCACCGAGUGAAAGCAGUCAGAGAAGGCCAGUUCGGCAAACUGACGGUGGAUGAUUAUGGCUCCAAAACAGGCCGAUCGGCAGGAAAAAUGAGACAGCUGAACAUCAGUGGAGUCCUUUACGUUGGUGGGAUGAAGGAGAUUGCUCUCCACACCAGCAGGCAGUACCUGGGGGGGUUAGUGGGCUGCAUUUCCCAUUUCACGCUGUCCACUGACUACCAUGUGGCUUUGGUAGAGGAUGCAUCUGAUGGCAAGAACAUCAACACCUGCACCAACUAA